GAAGGAACUGUUUGGGUUACGUACAGCCAAUCAACGAGCGCCUCCCUCCCUCCCGUACCGGUCCUAGGGCAUUUGUUGACAGCAUUGGAGUGGAAAGAUGGCGGCUACCACGGUUUUAGAGAAAGCAACGAAUAUACCGUCAGAGCACUCUUUAAAGCACAUUUAUACAACCAGGCAAUGCAGCGAAUCUUUUUCAACAGAUUCUGGGGAAAUGCAGGAGUUUGUAGUGGAUUUCCUGGGGAAGGAGGUGGGCAGCGACCUGAAAGCUCUGAAGAAUGUUGGCGAGCUGCUGGAAAAAUUGAGUGAGGAAAACAACGCACUGGAGGAACAGGUUUUGACUGUAUCCAGUUCUGUGCCUCCUAAAGUUUCUGCAGCCCUGUCUGCUGCUGAGGAGGCCAGAUGUUCCCUACAGGACCUGCUGCAGAGAGAGCAGCUUAUCUCCAACACGCUGCACCAGCACCUACAGGAGGCUCAGCCUUGGAUGGAUAAUCUCAGCCAGACGCUUAACCAAGUUGACACCAUAGAGAGACACAUGAAAUAUCUCCGCUGCCUUCAACAUGUAGAGGAGCUCAGUGAUACAAUUCAGCAGUGUUUGAUGACCAGCAGUAUCUGGGAGGCCAUAAGGGCAGUAGACAGCAUGGCUGCACUAGACGCUGGACUCGACCACUCUGGGUGUUCUCAUCUCCAGGACUUCCUCCGAGAAACACUUCACUUCUGGCACAAGAUCAUCAAAUACCGACUGUCCAGUGAUUUUGAGGAAGUAUUGACUCAGCUUCACUGGCCAAUCAUCUCCCCUCCUACUCAGUCACUGACGCCCACUGCCACUUGUCAGGAGACCAACACCCAGCUGGAUCUGCUUGUCGCACAGCUACUUGCUCUGCAGACCUCUGAUGACCUCAUAUCUCAAAGGGCUUUGCCCUCUGGUCAGGGAGUACCCUCCACCCAGCCUGUGUCCUCAGCUGGACCUUCAUCCCAAGUUCCUCCCCUCCGUCUGCCCAUCCAGAUCAUGCUGGUGCCGCUCAGCAGGCGGUUCAGAUACCACUUCUUUGGGAAUCGACAAACUAACUCCCUCAGCAAGCCUGAGUGGUACCUCACACAGGUUCUGAUGUGGAUGGGGAACAAUGCGACCUUCAUGGAGGAAAAGAUCCAACCUAUCCUGGACCGAGCUGGAGCUGCCAUCAGUGCCAGGGUGGAGCUGUGUCGAGGCCUGUUAUCUCUGGUCCAGGAGAAGGUGGCUAGUGAUGCUUCUAAACUUCUGUAUGACGAUGCCCUCUUCUGUCACUUGGUGGAGGAGGUGCUGCAGUUUGAGAAGGAGCUGCGAAGCAACCACUCAUACCCAGCAGCUCUUCCUGGCCUCCUCCACCUGCUGCUCGAGGAUGCAGUCCUUCAGAAGUGGCUUACUGUGGAAAAGAAGGUGGCGGUGGAGAAGAUGGAUGCCAUGCUGUCGGCUGAGGGAGCUUGGAGCUCUCAGUACAAAGAUAUCAGUGAUGUAGAUGAGCUGAAGGCGCCAGAUUGUGCUGAGACUUUUAUGACACUACUUCAGGUCAUCACUGAGCGGUACCGGGCCUUGCCCUGUCCUUCUGCACAGCUGAAGUUUCUGGCGCUACAGAAAGAACUGGUGGAUGACUUCCGCAUACGACUCACCCAGGUAAUGAAAGAGGAGUCUCGCUGCCCCCUGAGUGCCCGUUACUGUGCCAUUCUCAAUGCUGUCAACUACAUUUCCACCAUCCUGACAGACUGGGGAGACAAUGUGUUUUUCCUACAGCUGCAGCAGGCAGCGGUUUCACUUGGGGACGAAACGUUGCAGGGCCUCGGGGUGAUGGAGGUGGGUCGCCUGGCUUCUCUGGAGGGCUCUCUGUUUGAAGGUCUGUUGGCGUUGCUGGAUCGACUGAAGGGAGACAUGAUGGGGAGACUGCUGGAUUGGACCAUGAGAGAAAUCACAGGAAAAGCUAAACCAUACUGCCACGACAGGUGGUUGUCAGUACCAUCCCAGUAUGACCAGACCAUCAUGUCGCUGUCCAGUUCAGCUUGUCCCAUGAUGCAAUGUGUGAGCGACAGAUUGUUAAACCUUCAUCAGGUCCUGAGUUUUUCUCUGUUCCAACUGGCCUGGCAGGGCCUGGCGGAGAGACUUGACAACUUCCUCUACCAAGAAGUGAUCCUGUCUAAUCAUUUCAGUGAUGGUGGGGCGGCCCAGCUUCAAUUUGACAUGACUAGAAACCUAUUUCCUUUGUUUGGUCACUACUGCAAAAGACCUGAGAACUUCUUUAAGCAGGUUAAGGAAGCUUAUAUUAUCUUGUGUCUGAAUGUGGGCUCUGCUAUUCUGCUAAGGAAUCUCCUUAAAGAGUCAGAGGAGGAGUCGAGAAACUAUGGGGGUAUGGGUGAUCCUCUACCAGAGUCUGCACUGAACGAGCUGGGGGUGUACUGCUUGGCUCCUUGUGAUGUCCUGAUUCUCCUUAACCUCAGAGCCUCUUUGCCUGUACACUGACAUGUCCAGCUGACUGUAUUUGUAUGUGUCAGUGUGGAAGAACAGAUUGAGUGCUCACCAGUUCUAGGUUAUAUUUUUGGGGACCUAUUUAUGUACCUAGGACCUCAGUUGACCUAAGUAUACCACAAAGUAUAAAUGACAACUACCCCUAUUCUGGUAUAUUAUGUAAUAAGCCUAGCUGAUCUGCAAUACUUUCAUAUUCAGCUUCCCCCUAAUACUUGUUAUUUUUAUUUUUCUGCCAAGCAUGUAGUGUACAUAUACACCAUAAAAUACUUAUUUUAUUAAAUUGUAUCUGGCACAUUGAAAUAACAGGUGUAGCCUGAUGCAUUAAACACACCUUUAUUAUUAUUAUUUCACAUUAUUUGAGCCAGUUAAUGAAGAUGCAAACCCUUGCAUUACUAAAGUUAAAUUAUUGAUAGAUAUUUUAAGAGUCUGACUGUCCUGUCUGACAAACUGUUUUCUGUUUAUAUUAGUUGUUAUUCUCCAUUCACAUUGUUUUCAUAUUGACAAGCUGAUAAACCGGAAUAAAAAUGAAAAAAC